CCUGAAUAGUUGUUAACUUUUUAGACAAACCCAUCAGACACUUCUAGUUUACAAAACAAAUAAACAAAUCAGUCAAAUGGGGAAAAUAAAGUGCUUCCAGCAGUGCACUAUUUGAUCACUGAAUAUGGACAGGAUGUUUAGAUCUACAUGACAAAAGGAGAGACUGGAUUGCCCCCUAAUUGGAAAAGAAAAAGAAGUCUUGGAUUAGAACUAGGGUUGAUCCACCUGGAGUAACAAAAGAAGCAUCAUCCAGCAAGGGAGACAAAGAGACCCAUUUAUUGAACUAAACUAGGACACUCUUUAUAAAUGUCAACAGAAUUCUCUAUUGUUACUGUUGUUUUACUUAUUGCUGCAGGGAUACUGGUUUUCUUGGUUUUGUUCUUGUUUGCCAAAAGACAAAUAUUUAGAUUUGCUCUGAAAUCAGCUAGGAAACCUCAUGUGAUUAUAGGCGCAGAUGUGCCAAAGGCUUUGAGAGAUAAAAUUCAUGCCUGUUUGAAAAUGACAGAAGAAAUUUAUUAUGAACCAACAUUACUCUCUGAACAAGUGCAAAAUGCAGCUUAUUCUGUUGAAAACACAUAUUACUACAGAAUGAAGGCUCUUGAUGCUUUUUCCAAUGCAGUAACAACUCUUCAAUUGAAUGAUCCUUUAUUGCCUCACAGAGAAGCCAAACAGUCCAUCCAGUUGUAUCUUUUUUGUUUAUGUCCCAGUGUUGUAGGAAAUAAACAGUCCAAAAUGAUACAAAGUUUUGCUCAAAUGUAUAUGCAUGCAAGACAUAGUCCUUUAGUAUUUGGAGAAAAAGAGCUUGUGAAGUACAUGGAGCUUUUAGAGAAAGUUUUAAGACUAAUAAAAAUGGACCAAAAAAGACGAAGUAAAAGCUUACAAACUGUUGACUUGGAAGUACAACUCAAGAAGGGCUCCAAAGGCUCUGAAACAACCACUAAAAGAUAUGAAAAUAUUUUAAUGGAGGAAAUAAGACACAAAGGAGGAGCACCAUCUUUGGAGAUGAUGGAUCGUCCUCCAGCGCACAGAGAUAUGUCCAGUGGAUACAGCAGCACAGACAGGUCAAGUAGUCAAGGCAGUGCGGAUAGGCUUCUAAUGAUUCAUGAUAAAAGAGUCUGAAAUAAAAGUAUAUCACUGACUUUUUUGUCUGUUUCUGGGUGUAUGGUAAUACUUGAUGUUGAUGUAUCAAGUUUGUAUAUCAUAGUUAUUGACUUGGCACUACAUUUGUGUGCCUCCACAUUUCCUGAUGUGGCCUAUAAUAGCCCAGAAUGUUUUGUUACAAGCUAGACAUAGUAUUUAGCUGGGCCUGUGUUCAUUGCUGUAUCUUUCAUAUUCUUCCUCUAGUUAGAGCCUGUGUAAAUUUGUCAUAUCUUUUGGUUUGUUUCUUUUCUUGGCUAUUAUUGUGUUUUCAAAGAUUCUCAGGCUCACAGUGCAGCACCAUGAUGUUUGGUUAUUUGUUCCAGUCUCUCAAGCGGCAGAGUCUAGAGUGAAAACUUUUAAGGAUACUUUGAAAGUGUCCUAGAAUCAUUUUCUUCAUCUACCUUGAGAUCUCUGUUUGUUAGCCGGUAAAAGUCUUUGAGUUGCAGGAAUUUUUCAUACUGCAUGUGACCUGCCCAUUGCAGCUUAGACUGAAUCAAGAUUUAAUGUAUACUUUAAACCUUUGUCAUGUGGUGAUGCAUGAUUGAUUCCAAACAUUUCUGGGCACUUUUGUUGUCAUCAUUAUCAUUGACUGUAAACAUGGUAAUCUUUAAAUGUACAUGUAUUUAUAUCAAAGGAUUUGACUGUGAUAAUUUCAUAUAUUUCUUUUACAAUGUAGUCUUUGAAAUGAAUUUUCCUGCAAUAAGCUCCGUUGAGCAUCUCUAGAUUCUUGUCAAAAUAUCAGUAAUACUUUCUGAAAAUGAUUUAGUGUUUACAUUUAUUUACAAGGGUUUAUAUACGCCAAAAAAACAAUUUUGUCUUUUUCUCAAUGUGGAGAAAAUCUGUUCAUAGUGGUCACAUGAAUAGGGCCAAUACUUUGAGGAUGUUAAUUUUCAAGAUAUAUUAAAUGUCAAACUGUUCUCUUAUAGUAUUUUGUGGAUAACUUUUUUGAAAGAACUUUGUUGAUAGUGAAUUUAGACUUACAGAUUCAGUGGACUUCUUGCCUGGAUCAGUAGCUUCCAAUUGUCCUGAAACAAAAAGUUGUUGUUUUUAAGGUAUGUUGCCACUUGUCUGAUUACAUUCUUUAAGACUUCUUUCUAUGUUCUUUUUCAUUCUUUUUUGCUGAGUUACAAAAUAAAAGUUCCAGCCUUCUCUUUAAACAAGUAAUCACUAGAACUACAAAGGUAGUAAUAGAACAUGCUCCUAAAAUAGCAGCUGAUUAGGGUUAAGCUUCAUCAUCUUUCAUUUGCAUUCCUCAUGGAACAUAUGGCCUCAUAAAGUAAAGUUCCCUUUCAGACCUUGCAAUCUAAAGAUGAUGUUUAGGUCAUCUGUUUCUAUGGCCAAUGCUUAAGGAGCAGGUUGUCAUGUGGCCAAUGGUCACAUUAUUUUAGCAACAUUCACUGGGCUUUUCCUGAAAGUUCAGCAGAACAACCUCAAUGCUUGGGACUGUAUUUCAUUAACUCUUUCUCUCCUAACUAGCAAUACCAAUGUUGAUUCCACCAGAAUGUGGUAACGGACAGAAAGAGUUAAGCUGUCCUAGAGCCAUAAAUUUGCAUAGGGAGGCUGCUCCCAACUGUAGUAAUCUUAGUAUGUCUGUAUGAGCUCCUCACUUAAGGAUACCAAGUUUUCCAGAGAUUUAUUUGCUCACACAAUGUUAAUUUGUAACUCAAGUUAACUGAUAGUUUCUCCAUGCUGGAAUGAUUUAGAAAUUUGCCUGAAAUGGCUGUCCCACAAUGACCUCUAAUUUGGCAAAUUGAUGGUUCACUUAUCUCUUAUUAUUAUUUACUAUGUUGCUAUAUUUUUUAUUAUUUUAGUUAUUUAUAAUGUACAUGUUAAUGGUUAAAAUUUGAUAAUAAAAUCUAAAGUUUCAA